AUGAGUGAAUUGGGUCUCAAAUUGCGUAAACUGUUCAAAUGGCAGUCGAGUGAAAAGAAUUCUGAAGCUCAACAAUUACUGUCUUCGGGAACAGCAGUAAAUAACAAUGAAGAUCCAUCACCAUCAUCAUCAGCAGCAGUAACAGUAACAACAGCAGAAAUUACCACAACCAAUACUCCACCGAGAAAGGAACGUAUGGUUGCAUUGGAUAUUAUGAGAGGAAUGACCAUCAUGUUGAUGAUUAUUGUGAAUAAUCAACCAGCUAGAGCUUUUAUCCCGUUGGAUCAUGCUGAAUGGUUCGGAUUUACCCCAACUGAUUGUGUCUUUCCAUUCUUUUUAUUUGUGAUGGGAUAUGCAGCUGCAAUUGUCUAUUCCAGAGAGUGGCCAAGUGAUGUUUACUUGUAUCCACCAAGUCAUGUUAAAUUAUCAAUUCAAUCCUAUUUUAGAGAAUUGUGUGGAAAGAAACAAGAUUUAAUGGAUGAAAAUGAAAAGAAGGAAGAAGAAAGUAUCAAAUUCAUGUAUCUGAUACCAAUGAGGAAAUCUCUGUAUGAAUUUGUAAGCAAAUGGGUCAAAUUAUUUAGAAGACCAAUUCUCAUGUUCUUGAUUGGAUUUUCAUUCUCAGUUCUAGCUCACUUGUUUAAUUUCACACAUGUGAGAGUGAUGGGUGUUUUUCAAAGAAUUGCCAUUUGUUACUUUAUUGUGAGCUUGAUACUUGUCAUGGUUCCUUGGACAUUUGUUCAAAUUCUCAUUGUUGUCCUCUUCCAAGCUAUUUACAUUACAGUCACAUUUGGAUUAUAUGUUCCUAUGGAGGGUGAAGGUGAUGGUUGUGGAACGAGAGGUGAACUGUAUGAACCUCGAUGCACUGCUGAGGGUUAUAUUGAUCGAUUAAUUCUCUCUAGGGAUCACAUUUAUUUACAAGAUUCAUAUGAUCCAGAGGGAUUUUUGUCCAGUCUCUCUGCUGUUACUAAUGCAUUUGUUGGUAUUUUAGCUUUUAAGGUGGCUAGAGCUGCUGGUAAGGAUGCUCACAAACGUCUCAAUUAUUGGUUUAUAAUGGGAUCUUUGAUGAUUUUGGCUGCUUUGGCUAUUGAUUAUGCUGGUCUACCAAUUGGUAAAAAGCUCUGGACAACUUCAUUUGCUUUGAUUACAAGUGGUAUUGCUUUAUUGGAGUGCACCAUUUCUUUGGAUUGGUUCAAAUCCAUUGAUAAUGUAUUGUGUUCCAACUUUGGUUGCUAUCAUAAUGCUCAAGAUUCCAGUGCCUCACAAUGGAAAGCAAAGUAAUCUUUAUAGUGCAGAGUUCUUGACAUUAUUUGCAAGUUGGAUCAAACCUUUGGAAUUGGCCUCAUUCUUACAUGGUGUUGUGUUUGAAUUGAUUUUCAUUCCAAUUGCCUUCUUAUUGUACUGGAAGAAGAUUUAUAUUAAACUUUAAUGCUUGUUGAU